UGUCUAUCGUUGAGACGUACCAUCCCUGGCACUUUGACAGCUACGACAGCCUUCUUUUUUGACAUCCGGUUCACGCAAGUGUUUCUGAUCCGCAAACUACCCUACAAUGGCUCCCAGGAAGGCUAAAGUUCAGAAGGAAGAGGUCCAGGUCCAGCUGGGACCCCAGGUUCGCGACGGUGAGAUUGUCUUCGGCGUGGCCCACAUCUACGCCAGCUUCAACGACACCUUCGUCCAUGUUACGGAUCUGUCUGGUCGUGAGACCAUUGCCCGUGUCACUGGUGGCAUGAAGGUCAAGGCCGAUCGUGAUGAGGCUUCGCCCUACGCCGCUAUGUUGGCUGCUCAGGAUGUGGCUGAGAAGUGCAAGACUCUGGGCAUCACCGCUCUGCACAUCAAACUGCGUGCCACCGGUGGUAACAAGACCAAGACCCCCGGACCCGGUGCCCAGUCCGCUCUGCGUGCUCUGGCCCGUUCUUCCAUGAAGAUCGGACGCAUCGAGGAUGUGACUCCCAUCCCAUCCGACUCCACCCGCAGGAAGGGCGGUCGCCGUGGUCGUCGUCUGUAAAUGGAAUCCAGUGCUUUCGAUCUGCUGGACUCUGUUAACAAUUCAAAAUGUUGCAUUUGUGUAUAUGACCAUAAACAUGUUUGGCUUUUGUGCAUGAAUUCACUUUAAUAAACCAGGAAAAGAUGAUGUAAAUGCUA